CAUUGCCGGUGGGCAAUGCUCGGAGCCGCGGGAAUAUUUAUCCCGGAGUUUCUAACCAAGAUCGGUAUCCUCAACACGCCGUCGUGGUACACUGCCGGAGAGCAAGAAUAUUUCACGGAUAAAACCACACUCUUCGUUGUUGAGCUCAUCUUAAUCGGAUGGGCCGAGAGACGUAGAUGGGCUGAUAUCAUCAAGCCCGGUAGCGUCAACACCGACCCAAUCUUCCCGGAUAACAAACUGACGGGCACAGACGUGGGAUACCCGGGUGGGUUAUGGUUCGACCCGUUGGGUUGGGGAUCCGGUAGCCCGGCUAAGAUCAAGGAGCUGAGGACCAAAGAGAUCAAGAACGGAAGGUUGGCUAUGUUGACAGUGAUGGGUGCUUGGUUCCAACAUAUCUACACUGGGACUGGUCCUAUUGAUAACCUUUUUGCACAUCUUGCUGAUCCUGGCCACGCCACUAUCUUCGCUGCUUUCACACCCAAAUGAGAACUCAAAAAGAGAGGAUAUGCGUUCAUGUGAUCAUGUUUGUACAAAUAUCGUUUCUGAAAUGAAAGUAUUAGGUAUUUAUAUAAAUUGUGGUUGAAUGCAAAUUAGGGUUCGAGUAACACUGCUCUUUUCCUGACUAAAUGCUCAUAACAUGCU